GAUUUCAUGCCGCAGCUUAAAGAUCACCUCUCUCGCCUGCUAGACCUUCCUUAUGAUGGCGAGGAGCAUACAUUCUCCGAUGCAGAGAGCAAUACUGUCACCAUUAUUGGCGGGAAGAUAUACAAGCAUAAGCAUUUUCGCAUUAACUAUACGACCUAUGACUUGCGUCGCAGCCAGGACUGUGUCAAUCCGCGCAGUGAGGCUCCCGACAUCAUGGUCCUCGCUCAUGAAGACAGCGAUCACCCCUAUUGGUACGCCCGUGUUCUUGGGGUCUUCCAUGCGAACAUC